UGCACCUCCGAGAGAGUCACACAGCCGUGUGCCGUGUGCCGCCCCGCGCGUCUCUUUCCAGCUGUCGCGAGAGCGCGAGCGGGCAUCGCGGAGUAUCGCGUCACCACGAGGUGAUCAGUCGAGCACGAGGAGCUUCCGAAGGCUCUCUAGAUCCUGUGUUUCGGGCGAACACCUCACCAAAUUCUCGCACCUCUCCUUUCUCUCUCUCUCUCUUUCUCUCUCUCUUUUUUUCCGGCUCUUUUUCUAUCUGCCUCUCUUUUUCUAUCUUUCUUUCUCUUUCUGUCUUUCUCUCUCGUGCGGAUAUCCUCCGCCAAUACAUUCGCUGAUCCUUAACGUUCGCAGCGUCCGCGAGGUGGUCAUCAGCGUGCGGAAUCAUACGGAUGUGCGCCAGGACACCUUGACAUCCGCCGACUGCGACAAUUAGUGGUGGUGAGACUCGAGCGAAUUCUCCUCGAGCGUCCGGUAUCCGGUGAAAUACCGAGUACUGGCGUCGACGAACAUCCUUGCAUCCGGACAGUCUUUUGGAAAAAGAAAUCGCGACUGCGUCGAGCGGUCAGAGGUUACGUCGACGAGAAGGAGAUCGCGUGGGGUCGUUACUUGCUGACUGGUACUGCGACAGCCGGUCUCUCGAUCUUUAGCGGCACGAUCGGUAUCCGAUCGUCACGAUUAUCAUUACAGUGAUACGAGUAGGGUUUCAUCGUGGACGCCAACGCGGUAUGCAGUUACGCAUUUACGUCUUAGCCUGUCUCCUAUUAAAGGGGCUGGCUCAUGCCGAAGAGGUAGAGGUCGUGGAAGCGAUUCCGGGGGAGGACACUCGGAACGAGAAUUCGGCGCUGAAUCGCCAGGACAACGAGCUAAACAAUUCCGACCAGUUGGACGGUCUGGGUGACAAGGGUGAUGCGGCUGGGAAUCACUAUAAGCCGGGCCUCCGAGGCCACCCUCUGUUACCGCCGGGUCGGGGCGCGUUGAGCUUGCCGCGUCCGCACCAUAACGUCGCCUAUCACGGGCCGCCGCCUCCGUUACCGCCUUCUAAGAUGCCACCGGAAGCCAUGGAUAAGAUCUACGCGACCGGUGGCGGCGUCAGCACCGCGGACGGCAUCGAGCCGUGGCCGGCGCCGACGCCCGACAUGCCUAAGAUCGUGUCGCUGGACGUGAAGUGCGAGAAGAGCCUGAUGAAGGUCUACUUGGGCUUCGACAAACCGUUCUACGGCAUCGUCUUCAGCAAGGGCCACUACAGCAAUGUCAACUGCGUCCACCUGCCGGCCGGGCUGGGCCGCAAGUCCGUUAACUUCGAGAUCAGCAUACACGCGUGCGGCACCGCCGGCAACACGCAGAACGAGCUGUACGGAUACGGCGCAGAGUCCGGCUCGGGGACGUACUUCGAGAAUAUCAUCGUGGUGCAGUACGACCCGCAGGUGCAGGAGGUCUGGGAUCAGGCGCGUAAGCUGCGCUGCACCUGGCAUGACUUAUACGAGAAGUCAGUCACCUUCCGGCCGUUCCCCGUGGACAUGUUGGACGUGGUGCGCGCGGACUUUGCUGGCGAUAACGUCGGCUGCUGGAUGCAGAUCCAGGUCGGCAAGGGCCCAUGGGCGUCUGAGGUCUCAGGCCUGGUCAAGAUCGGUCAGACGAUGACGAUGGUGCUCGCGAUCAAGGAUGACGAUUCCAAGUUCGACAUGCUUGUGAGGAACUGCAUGGCGCACGACGGCAAGCGGGCGCCGAUACAGCUGGUGGACCACCGCGGCUGCAUCACCCGGCCGAAACUGAUGUCGAAGUUCACGAAGAUCAAGAACUUCGGCGCCUCGGCGUCGGUGCUGUCGUACGCGCACUUCCAGGCCUUCAAGUUCCCGGACUCGAUGGAGGUGCAUUUCCAGUGCACCAUCCAGAUCUGCCGCUACCAGUGCCCGGAGCAGUGCUCCAAGUCGUCGCCGUUCCUGGACACUCAGGGUCUCCUGGAGAGCCACCAUCAUCAUUCGCCGACGAACGGGCAUCCCGAGCUCGGCUUCGACCUGCCACCGCCGAUCCCGCUGCCGUUGGAGGCUUAUCUGCAGGCGGCAGCCGGGCGGCCGCGCGACGAGAGGAGGAGGAAGUCCCGCGAGAUCGUGCACAACCCGCAGAAGGCCGUCGGCGUGAACCGGAUUAUCCGAGUGGUCUCCACGGGCGAUUUCACCUUCUCCAUCGACGACAACGCCAGCAACGGUGAGCUCAACGGGCCGACCAUGGUGUUCCCGCAACGUCAGGAGAACACUGCCAGCUCAACUAUGAUCUGCAUGACCACUCCGGGAUUCGCGAUCACCCUCAUCGUGCUACUCGCCGUUCUGCUUUCGUCCUGCGUCAUGUCGGCCUAUCUCUUCAUGCGUCUCAGGCCCUUCUCCGCGCGGAUCAAGAAGCCCGCCUCCGCGAGCUUCUGCAACGCCGAGCAGAGCGCAAACGCGACGAACAAGUCCUCGAGGACGUGCUUCUACUCAUAGAGAUGUCUAACUCGACCGCGAGUCAACCCUGAGGUACCGGUGCUCCCGAUAUCCGUGCCGGUGAGAGGACCCGCCAAAUUUGCACGGCCCUCUUCUUCGAAACCGGUUUACGCGCUUCUCCGCGUUACAUCGCGUCUAGACGUCGUUGGAGGUCGGCGAGUCCGCGGAGGACGAACGCGAUCGGCGCGAGCCAGUGGGUUAUCAGACCUGAUCGUCGCGAAGUUGAGAAAUUAGUUGUAAGCGCGUGCAUUAAGCUGCAAUAAAGCCUUACAGCGAUUAUCAGGCUGACAUUCCAAGAGUCUUUUCAAAUCUGUCUAUUAACACAUCACUAAUCUGACGUAUAUCGGAGUUGCAAGAGUAUCAAUUUAAUUUUUCUCAAUUUAAUGAUUAAUUUAAACAAAUAUGUUUCAUUUCAACUAAUCGACGAUUCAUUGAAAUAAAAUCAAUCAAAAAAUGUUUUAUUGACGAUUGAUUUCGAGAUGAAUUUAAUUAAAAACCGUAUAAUUAACGAUUGAUCUGCGUGAAGAGAAUAAAAAAUCGCGUUCAAUUAACAAUUGAAUUUAGAAAAUUUAAUUAAUUUAAUAUAGAUCAUAAUUGACGGUCGAUAUAAGAAAAUUUAACUCAUUCAAUCCAAGGCUACUCAAAGUUACAAUUGGUUUUGUGGAUAAUAUUCAUACCCGGAGCGGGGAGAGGAUAGUAUCGUGGAAGUUGCCGAUAAUUGAGAAGCACUUAGUAGGACCCCCGUCGAGAGAAGCUCUGGUUACAUCAAUCGUCAUCGAACGGUCUUCGGUUGAAUCAGUUGAGUUUGCUCAAAUCAAUCGUCAAUCAAAUUAUCUUUAAUUAAAUUUAUUAAGCUCAAUCAUCUCAGUUAAACAACUUUUUAUUAAAUUUGAUAAAUUUAAUCGAAUGAUCUUUAAUUUAAUUAAUUAUUAAUUAAUUAUUAAUUGAAUGAUUUUUAAAUAUAAUUAUUAAUUGAAUGACCUUUAUUAUCUUCGUUUAUUUUUUAAUUAGAUUCGUUUAAAUCAAUCGGAUGGUUUUCGAAUAAAUUUGUUAAAAUCAAUUGUCAAUUAAACAGCUUUCAAUCGAAGUGCCUCAUAUUAAUCGUUAAUUAAAUUUAAAUUAAACGGCAAUUAAUUAAAAAGUAAUUAUUUGAAACUCUGGCGCAUAUAUUGACAACCAACUAAAAAUAAAAUUUUUUAGAAUUUUCUACCUAUUCUUAAAUUUGACUCAAAGAAGUUUUUAAAAAAAGAAUAAUGUAUUAAUAAUAUUAAUAGCUCUAUUGAUAGUUGUCACUUGAAAUUUGUCUUAUACAAGACAUUUAGAUUUUUAUUCAGAAUUAAAUCCAAGUUUUUUAGUCGAAUCACGAUGCGACAUUUAUAUCUGCAAUCGUGAUUCAAAUGAAAAACUUUCAUCUAGCUCUAAAUAUUUUAUUUUAAUAUAAACUAUAGAGUCUUUAUUUAAAGUUUGUCUUAUGAAAUUCUCAGAUAUGGAUCAAAAGGGAAUUUAGGAAUAUAUUUAAGUGUUUCAAUUACAUUGCAUGAUAUUUGUGAUAAUUAAUGGAAGAAAAGUUACAAUAUUUUUAUCUCAUUGAAUUUUAAAGCGCGUCCUAUAUCUAAUAAGAGAAGUUUUUCAAUAAUCUCAAAAAAUAAAUUUUUUUUUGUAUUGAAUGCAAAAACUUCUCUUAAUAAAUUCAAUUUUGCUUCUCGCACUGAAUACAUUCUAAAAUUUGUCGAGAUGAAAAUGUCGCAUUUGUAAUCGCGAUUCAACUGAAAGAUCCAUAUUCGACGCUAAACUCAAAUUUGAAUAUUUCAUUUGAGAUAAAUUUCAAGUAACGACUAUUAAUACGAGCCAUAAUCGUUUCCUAUCGUGUCUGGAUAUAACAUGAUAUAUGAUAUAAUAUCUGUUAAGCUGUCAAAAUGACUGAUCAGCCGAAUAAUCAAUAUUCGUAAUCAAUAUGCGGCACGAUGCGAACGAAUAGAACGAACAGAAAAACUUUUAGAAUGAUAAAUGUUAAAACUUCAUCGCAGCUUAGUGCACAUGUUUCGUUUGCGUUUUGUAUUUUUUCUCGUUUAAUAUCUUUGGCCAUUAACCCAAACAGUAUUUUUCUGUACGUAUACCUUCGGAUAUUCGGAAUAUGUUGUAAUGGAGCGGAGUACUUUCUAAGAGAGGACUAAAUCGGGGUGUUAGCGGAACUUGUGUUCGAAAAUUUCGUCAAUCUUUUUUUAGAUCAAUUAUUUUUUGUAGAGGCUAUAUCCGACGGAGUAUUACCAUCUGAUAUUGUCUUGCAGUCGAUAAUACACAUCCACUUAUCUCUCACUGUAACGUUCGUUCCAUAACACGACCUCCGUGGAGUUGUGCUUCGUCGUAAACAAACUUUAGCUCAGGCCUUCGCAGGCGAACACAGGCGAUACGCCGAAAAUUUAGUCAAAGAUAAUCAAACCUGUUUCAGCGUUUAUUACCUACGUAUUCGUACUUAGUCUCCUGUUGGUUUUUGGUACUUGGGACUCUCUCCUUUUUAACAAUGCUUACCCGACGCGCGUAAUGCGGGUAAAGACAAGGCUGAAAUUUCACGAAAAUAGCCUAUAAUAUAGCACUUAGGCAACGUUAAUAAUACGUUACUGUUAAUAUAAUAUUAACUAUUAUUUAUUUAUUACGUAUUUAAAUCCCUCAAAACACCUUACAGGCUGAAUCUCGUAGGCUGAAUCUCCUAUAUAUGAUGAGGUGAACGGAUGAAAUAAAUUGAUGAAAUAUGAAGACCAUUAUAUAUAUAUAUAUAUAUGUGUGUGUGUGCGUGUGUGUAUCAUUGUUUCUCAAUCGAUAAAUUCAUUUAAUUAACGAGCACGUUAACGAACAGUGCGUAGCGUCGAGCAUGAGAAAUAUUUAAUUGCGUAAAAAUAUCUAGGUAAAUAAGCAUAGAAAGUUACACCUCACCGAUGUUUUUGAAAUAUAUAUAUAUAUAUAUAUAUAUAUAUAUAUAU